AUGUUCCGCCAUCGGAAGAGUUCCCAAAAGCCCCCCGAGGAGUUCUACAACGAUUUCAAGCAAAACUUUCCCCAGCUCUGCUCAGAGAGCUCGUCCGCACUGGCGCAUGAUCCCCAAGAUCACAGUAGCCUAGCCGAUCCCGUCAUUGGCCAGACUCUCACCCAGAGGCCAAUAAUGGACAUGAAAGAUAAAAAGGAGCACGAUGCGAUUGUAAAGGUUUCCCCGGACCAAUGGGGCUUCACACCAUCCUUAAUGGACCCCAAUUCAUUCGCCUUUUCCACUUUUGCGAGCCAGCCAUCGGAAUACUAUGCAGCAACUCCCACAGCAAAUGGACUGCCCAAUUCAACCCACCCCGGCGACAUGCAAACCCCAAACAUGGCCGUGAAUCUGCUCACGCCACUUGGGAUCCCCCACUCGACUUCGGCCGACCCAACAAUGCCCCAUUCCGCCAUUGACCUGGGCCCGUUCCAACAUCCUUUUCUUGCGAACCAAGCACACGGAGUAGAUCCUUUUGGCCAUGUCCAGGGCUUUGCCCCAAGCACCUUUCUUCGCCGCGACCCAGACUAUACUGCGCUAACCCGAUCUCUCGAAGAACCCGCAUUCGGGAACCUCAGUUUGGGCAACGGGUCUCUUGGGCUGGUUCCGGGCCGUCUGACUGACUCUGCUGAUGGGUUGGACGGCCAUCACAACGACAACUUCCGAUUUCGGGUCACACUUCGCGCAUCGACUGCAAUGGUGAAAGAUCCAGAUGAAAUCCCGGUCACAUAUUUAAACAAAGGCCAGGCGUACACAGUCAAUGUGGUUGAUACUGCUCCCAUGGCGUCGGGUUCGCAACCACUGAGAUAUCGUACCUAUAUUCGCGUUUCCUUCGAGGAAGAAGAACAGCGCUCCAAGCCAGGCAACUGUUGGCAAUUAUGGAAAGAAGGUCGAGGAACAAACGAAGCACACCAACGUGAUGGCAAGCUUCUAGCGGUCGAACACGUCGAUCCUAAUCAAGGUGGAGUUGGAGACGGUCGACACCCGCGCGUUCAGUUGGAGAAGGCAAAUUUCGAUGGGUUUUCAGUCGUUUGGGUACCCAACAGAACCACGGGAAGCUCAGAGUGCGCUAUUUCGGUCCGGUUUAACUUUCUAUCUACAGACUUCAGUCAUUCCAAGGGUGUCAAGGGGAUUCCAGUAAGGCUGUGCGCGAAGACGGAAGUUGUCGCAACCAAUAGCCCGGAGCUUCCCCUUGGAAACACACCCGAAGUCUGCUACUGCAAAGUGAAAUUAUUCAGAGAUCAUGGAGCGGAAAGAAAACUGUCAAAUGAUGUUGCUCACGUCAAGAAAUUGAUGGAGAAAAUUAAACAACAAAUCACCCAAGCUGAGAUCGGUUCCGCGAAUUUUGAUAAGCGGAAAAGAAGCUGCUCUAUCAGUUCGAAGGGAAUGCCCAAGUCAAUGAAACUUGGGAAGCACAAGCGCCCUUGGUCGAUCGGAUCGCAAGAUGGAGUCAAAUCGACUCUCGAGGAAGAUUUGCAGCUCAAGUUGGCAAGCUUAAAUGAUAUGUUUUCGUCGACCCAGCCUAUCAGUAUCCUCAAUCUAAAAGGCGAUCCUCAAGACGAUCCAGAUUUAUUCCCAGUUCAGCUUGACACAACGAUUGAUGAGAACUUUUCAAACCACAUGAACUUCGAUUCUACGCACUCGAAUGACGGUGCAUCCACAUCGAAUGCCUUUUCUCCUUCUACUGGCUCAUCCCACCACUCUUUCGAUGUGAAGGGUACCAAUUUCAUGGACGGCUCGUACUCUGCGUCCAGACAUGGGUCGCUAGAUUGGUCAACUGCCUCGCAAAGUGGCGACACCACGAAGCACGGCCAGUACAUGAAUCAGCCGACCAGAAUUCCACGCAUCUCGGCGAAUGGCAACGAUUCAAACGACUGGAUUGAGGCGAUGGGAGUCGAUGGUUCAUAUCAGCCCCCGAAUGAGACUCCAAAAAAGCCCAAAUGUUGCUUUUAUGUACGAGCUCGCCAGAGCAUGGGACAGGAAGUUGAAGAUUACUACCAUGCUGUCUACCUCACCGAUCGCUCUGCUAGUGCGUUGGUGGAAACCGUUGCUAGAAAAUGUCGAUUCGACCCAGCACGGAUCGCGCGGGCCCUUGUUGUUCGUAACAAUGGGUUCCAUGUCGUCUUGGAUGAUGAUGUUGUGCGGGAAGUGCCUGAGGGUCAGGAUAUGACGGUGGAAUUUUCGGAACUGGAUGAAUCGGGGUCAAAUAUGGACCUCGACGAUCCAAAAUCUCCGACGACGGUGACCAAUAUCGAAAUGCGGUUCUUUUUGACUUGA